GCUCCACGACCUAUAGGGGCGUUGCUUGCCGAGUUGUGAUCGCUUGGGUCCAUGGAUGGCUAGUCGAAAGCUUACUUGGCACUGAUCCCUCCUCUCCGUAUAGGUUAAAUCAGACAGCGUUCAGGAGGAAUGUAUCGCAAAUAGUUGGGUGUUUAUAGCGGUCAGUGGACGCGAGUUCAGCAAUGCGAUGAGGGCAGUGCACUUUGCAAGACUUGUGCUGCAGGGAGCCUCCGCAGAGCCCGCAGAGACCGGUUGCUGACAAGCCGGGGUGAAGAGCCGCUGUAGGAUAGAAGGCUCUGGGCUUGCCUUGGAGGGACGAGAGCCUUGGCUUCUUCGCGGAGGAAAUCAUGCAGUUUGCAAUCUGGCUGCUUGGACUAAUGUGUCACCUGUCAGCCCUCGUCCGGAACUCUUUAGAAUACCGAUUGCAUCCGAAACAAGAAAGUUUCAUCAAACAGUUGAAAUCCUACGAAAUCAUUACCCCGCUCCGGGUCAAUGAUUUCGGAGAGUCGUUCCCCCACAAGCUGCACUACAAGAGGAGACGGAGGAGUUUGGAUGACGAUGUGUCGGGCUCACAAGCCCACUACAGGAUCGAUGCAUUCGGGGAACGCUUCCACCUCAACCUGACCGCCGACUCCAGCUUCAUCGCCCCCUCCUACGCCGUGCAGCACCUGGGCGCGGAGCCCAACGACACCGCCGACUCCCACCACUACUACCCCCAGGACCCGAGCAAUAUGCGCCACUGCUUUUUCCGAGGACACGUCAACGCCAAGACACACUUCCCCGCAGUCUUCAGUUUGUGCACUGGCCUAAUUGGGACGUUCACGAUGCAUGACGGCGAGUACUUCAUGGAGCCGCUGAUGGGCGCCGAGGGAGAGCCGUACGCCUCAGAGCACAGCAAGCCCCACCUGGUCUACAGGCAGGGCAGGACUGGGGAGGCCCCCCCGGCGGAGCCCUGCGCCGCCUCAGAGAACAAGGCGUCCGGGCCCGUGGUUCUGGAGAACAACAGGAAUAUGGCGGAGCAGCUGGAGUCAGUCAGCGACGCCAUACGCGAUCAACAACCCAACCCCGGCCCAAACACCGACACCAACCCAGGCCGCAACAACACCACCAGCGGCCCCGCCGACACCCACGGGGCUCGCAGCCGACGCAAGCGCUUCUUGUCCUACCCCCGCUACGUGGAGCUGAUGGUGACGGCGGAUGCCAAGAUGGUGCGACACCACGGACGCAACCUGGAGCACUACAUCCUCACAAUCAUGUCAGUAGUAGCAGCUGUGUACCGGGACCCCAGCGUAGGCAACCUCAUCAACAUUGUGAUUGUCAAGCUCGUCAUUAUCCACAAUGAACAGGAAGGCCCAACGGUGAACUUCAACGCCGCCCAGACCCUCCACAACUUCUGCGUGUGGCAGCAGGCCCAGAAUGUUCCUGACGACAGCCACCCGUCCCACCACGACACCGCCCUGCUCAUCACCAGGGAAGACAUCUGCCGGGCAAAGGACAAAUGCGACACAUUAGGACUCGCGGAGCUGGGCACCAUGUGCGACCCGUUCCGGAGCUGCUCCAUCAGCGAGGAGAACGGCCUCAGUGCCUCCUUCACCAUCGCUCACGAGCUGGGCCAUGUGUUCAACAUGCCCCAUGAUGACAACCCAAAGUGCAAGGAGGCGGGCGUCAAGCACCAGUUCCACGUCAUGGCGCCCACGCUCAACUACGACACCAGCCCUUGGUUCUGGUCCAAGUGCAGCCGCAAGUACAUCACAGAGUUUCUGGACACUGGAUAUGGGGAGUGUCUGCUGGACGAGCCCACAGCUAGGAAGUACGAGAUGCCCACUCUUCUUCCCGGUCAACUCUACAACGCCAACAAACAGUGUGAACUGAUGUUCGGACCUGGUUCCCAAGUUUGCCCAUACAUGAUACAAUGCAAGAGGCUGUGGUGCACGAGUGCAGAGGGGGACCACAAAGGGUGUCGGACACAACACAUGCCCCCGGCCGACGGCACGGAGUGUGGGGACGAAAUGUACUGCAGACACGGGAUUUGCGUGAACAGAGAGCUGGACCUGCGGCCGGUCAACGGAGAGUGGGGCCCCUGGGGGCCCUACAGUGUGUGCUCCCGCUCCUGUGGGGGGGGGACCAGGAGCACCAGCAGAGACUGCAACAAGCCUGAGCCCAGAAAUGGCGGUAAGUUCUGCGUGGGUCGCAGGAUGAAGUUCCGCUCGUGCAACACGGAGCCGUGUCCGCGCGGGAGGAAGGACUUCCGCGAGGAGCAGUGCUCCCAAUUCGACGGCAAGCACUUCAACAUCAACGGCCUGCCCCCUGCCGUCCGCUGGGUCCCCAAGUACAGCGGUAUCCUGAUGAAGGACCGGUGUAAGCUGUUCUGCCGGGUGUCCGGCACCAUGGCCUACUACCAACUGAAGGACCGCGUCACCGAUGGCACGCCCUGCGGCACCGACACCUUCGACAUCUGUGUUCAAGGACUCUGCCGGCAAGCGGGCUGCGAUCACGUGCUCAACUCCAAGGCGAGGAACGACAAGUGUGGGGUGUGCGGAGGGGACAACUCGUCCUGCAAGACCCUCGUCGGGACCUUCAACGACGCAGAGUACGGUUACAACACGGUGGUCCGCAUCCCGGCCGGAGCCACCAACAUCGACAUCAAGCAGGUCAGCUACUCCGGCAAGCCGGAGGACGACAACUACCUCGCAUUAUCCGACGGCCAGUCCAACUCCCUGCUGAAUGGGAACUUUGUGGUGGCCAUGUUCAAAAGGGAAAUCAACUUCAAGGGGUCUCUCAUCGAAUACAGCGGAUCGGACACCAAAGUGGAGCGCAUCAACUGCACGGAGCGUAUCGAGGAGGAGCUGGUCCUGCAGGUGUUGUGUGUGGGGAACCUGUACAACCCAGACGUCCGAUACUCCUUCAACAUCCCCAUCGAGGAGCACCGGGAGCAGUUUAUCUGGGACCCGUCCGGGACAUGGCUGGAGUGCAGCCGCAUGUGUCAGGGCGUGAGGAGGCGUAAGGCGGUGUGUGUGCGUAAGAGCGACCACCUCGAGGUGUCGGACCAGCGGUGUGAACACCUGCCACGUCCCACCGGCGUCUCUGAGCCCUGCAACACCGACUGUGAACUCAGGUGGCACGUGGCGGGCAAGAGCGAGUGCUCGGCCAAGUGCGGGCCGGGCUACCGCAGCGUGGACGUCCAGUGCAUGAAGUACAGCCUGCAGAAGAGGCAGAGCGAGAGGUCUCCACCCAGGGCCUGCGCCGAGCUCCCCAAGCCCCAGGCCAGGGAGCCCUGCCAUGGGGACUGCCUGCUGAAGAGCUGGCAGUACAGCGCCUGGUCGCAGUGCUCUAAGCCGUGUGGGCGCGGGUCCCGGAGCCGGGAGUCGUACUGCAUGAACAACCUGGGCCGGCGGCUGGUCAACCGGGACUGCAACGAGCACCAGCGGCUCGUCACGGAAACCUGCAACGACCAUCCCUGCCCCAAGUGGUCGUCCAGCGAGUGGAGUGAGUGCCUGGUGACGUGUGGGAAGGGCAUGAGGCACCGACAGGUGACCUGCAGCAUGGGGGUGGGCGAGGAGAAGCUGAGGGAGGAGCUGUGUGAGCCCUCGUCCAAGCCCCCCAGCGUGGGGAGCUGUGAGCUGCCCGGGUGCUCCUCCUGGCAGGUCGGCGUCUGGGGGCCGUGUGCGGUGACCUGUGGCCAUGGCUACCAGAUGCGGGCCGUGAGGUGCGUGUCGGGGGCUUACGGGGACACGGUGGACGACAGGGAAUGCAACGCCGCAGCUAGGCCGAGAGACAGCCAGGAUUGUGAGUCACCAGCCUGUCCCAGGGCGGCCCCUCAACACAGCACGUCCCGGCCCGACCUGUCGACCCAGUGGAGGUUUGGCUCCUGGACCACGUGCUCUGUGUCGUGUGGGAAGGGGCGGCAGGCGCGCUACGUGAGCUGCCGGGACGCCCAGGGGGGCGUGGCCGACGAGUCGUACUGCGCCAGCCUACCGCGGCCCCCCGAGGCCUCCGACUGCUUCAGCCCCUGCGGACAGUGGCGCGCCGGGGAGUGGUCCACAUGCUCCCUGACGUGCGGGGGCGUUGGCCGGGCCACCAGGCAGGUGGUGUGCAGCAACUACCACCAGCCCGUGGACCCGUCCUUCUGCGACCCGGACGAGAGGCCCGGCGCCGGGCAGGAGUGCACGGCGGCCCCCUGCACCUCCACCUCCUCCUCCGUCUUCCAGAGGCAGCGCAGCAACGAGCAGCCCCACGGCUACCCCCAGGACCCGGGCCACCGGAGCUGGAACGUGCCCUCGUCGGACAACCAGUGGCGGACCGGUCCCUGGGGCGCGUGUUCCAGUACGUGCGCGGGGGGCUUCCAGCGGCGGGUGGUGGUGUGUCAGGACGGGGACGGACGCUCCAACAGCUACUGCGACGAGAGGGUGAAGCCAGCCGAGUCCAAGGGCUGCGACUCGGGCCCCUGUCCGCUGUGGAACUUCGGCAUCUGGGGCGAGUGCACCCAGACCUGCGGGGGGGGCCGGAGGACCCGGCUGGUGGUCUGCCAGCGACCCAGCGGCCAGAGACUCUACGACCGCAACUGCGACGUCCUGGAGAAGCCCUCGGACAUGGAGCAGUGCAACCAGCACGCCUGCCCUGGCUCCGCCUCCUGGCACCGCCGACCAUGGAAGCCGUGUUCUGUGAGCUGUGGCCGAGGCAGCAGUCAGAGGGAGAUAGCCUGUGUUUACCCCAACGGAACCCAAACAGAGGAGCAGAUCUGCGGCCAUCUGCCCCGGCCCCGGGCCCAGAAGGCCUGUCGCACGGGCGCCUGCCCCGUGUGGAAGGCACACAGGUGGACCGAGUGUUCUGUGAGCUGUGGGCCGGGGCUGCAGAGCCGUCACGUCUACUGCCGACUGAAGGGCAGCGGGCGUGUGGGCCCGGAGCGCUGCGACCCCCACACCCGCCCCGCUGACCACCAGGCCUGCCUCACCAGCGAGUGCCCUCACUACACCUGGCUGACUGGAGAAUGGCAAGAUUGCAACGCCACCUGUGGGGCCCCGGGGACGAUGGGCAGGGCGGUGGGCUGCGUGGGCCCCGGGAUGACCCCCGUUCAGGAGGACCACUGUGGGGCCUCCUCCCCCUCCCGGCCCCCCUCCCGGCAGGCGUGUAGAGGAGCACCUUGCCUCCACACCUGGAUGACCGGGGCUUGGACCCAGUGCUCCGUCAGCUGCGGUGUGGGCUACGAGCACCGCAUGGUGUCCUGCUCCGGGGCCCCGUCGUCCCCGGGCCCUCACCCGUACGCCGGCCCCGCCUCCCCCAGCCCCCGGUGCCCUGGCCCCCAGCCGCCGCACGCCAAGCAGUGCCUGCUCAGGGCCUGCCCGCACACGGCCUCCUGGAAGGUCGGCCCCUGGACCAAGUGCUCCCAGACAUGUGGCGCAGGUGUGAUGGAGCGCCAGGUAGAGUGUCUCACAGCCAAAGGCCAGCCGUCCAAACACUGUGCAGCCGACCGUCCAGAGUCCCGCGCGGCCUGCAGAGAGACAGAAUGCCAGCAGUUCACCUCCUGCCGGGAGGUGCAGGUGCGGCAGGGUGUGAGAAUGGACGGGGAGUUCUACCUCCGGGUCGGACCCCGGAUCCUACAGAUUUAUUGUGCGGAGAUGCAGAGCGACUUCCCCAAGGAGUAUGUGACGCUGCGCAGCGGGCAGACAGACAACUACUCGGAGGUGUACGGACACAGGCUGCUGAACCCCUUCCAGUGUCCGUACAACGGCAGCCGGCGGCAGGACUGCGAGUGUCGUCAUGACUACACCACGGCCGGCUACACGCUGUUCCGAAAGGUGCGCCUGGACCUGGACUCGCUGAGGAUCAUGACCACCGACCUCCAGUUCUCCCACACCCCGCUGGGCCGGCCGGUGCCCUUCGCUUCAGCGGGGGACUGCUACAGCGCAGCCAAGUGUCCGCAGGGCCAGUUCAGCAUUAACCUGACAGGGACCGGUCUGGCAGUGGCAGAGGCCACAAAGUGGACCUCUCAGGGUAACUACGUCUCCGUCAAAGUCCACAGAUCAGAGGACGGCCGAAGAAUCUAUGGCCGCUGUGGCGGGUUCUGUGGGAAGUGCAUGCCACAGGAACACAAUGGCCUGCUCGUCCAAGUCCAGUGAAUAGUAUGGUGGGACCGCCACUCCUCAGCGCCUGACCCCAGCCGCUGCAGUGACGGGAUGGUGGUAAGGGGGGGGAGGAGGGGGUUCUGUCAACGCCUCACCUUACAUCGCUCGUCCAAUCAUCGCCUUCCAAAACGGCAGCUACUAUUUCAUGUCUUUGUUUCCGGUGUACUGAAGACCACUUUACAGCGCUAUCUCGGCUCUGGCGUGCUGCCAGUGCAUACUUUUAUACUAUGUUAUUGUAUCUACGGCUUUGCACGUAAGGGACUUCAUGUUACAGAUGGGACGACGAGAGGCACCCACGCUACAUAAAUAAGGGACAAUCUACUCACAAGGUCACAGAAUUUCCAUUUAAUGGAUUCUAGGAGCCAAUUAUUUUUGUAACUGCCAUUAAUAUUAUUGCGGUUGUUUUGUUGCACCAUCAAAGUUCUCCACCACCCAGUAUUUACAGAUCUACGCCGUGCAAUUGUCAAGUCUGCAUGGUGCUGCAUGGCGCAGAUACAACUCUGCGGUACACACUGUGACUGUGUAAUGACUAACAGCAGUGCUGCCAGAAUGAAUCAUGGGUACGUACUUUGAUUAGGAGUUUCCGUGUUAACAUCCAUAGUACAACACCGUUUAAUUACAAUUGUAAUCCGUGCAUCUUGGAAAAAAAACAAAACAGUUGCAUAUUCCUGUGAAAUAAUUCACAAUAGGGACGGGCAUCGUUAAACGAGGUAAGUAAGAGAUGGGUGUUUUUCGUAGGUUCUGUAUCGGUGCCUUGUAUGUAUCAUGAUCAGCCGGUAAGUGAAACGGCACAUGACGACAUUACCGCGAGGGAUUCGAGUAGCCGACACUGUAAAUCGUGACACGUCUCAUGUAAAGACUUGAAUCAUGAAAUGAGUAAUAGAUCUCAAUGACAAACGGUUUGGGAGUUACAUGUGUAUUGCUUACCUGCCUUUUUCUCAGAGUCCAAAAUAGCUCAAAAUAGUUCUCAUGUAUGUGAAAGACAAUGAUCAGACCAGCAUUUUGGUGAGCAUGUUCCAGACCUCCCAUGUCCCUGUUUUGAAAAUCAUAAUUUGUUGAUUACAGGUUACUUUUAAGUAUUUGUUUUAUUUUUUCAUUAAGUUGUUUUAUUUUGAAAAUCCAAUUGUGUUAAAAGGUCACGUCCUCAUUACCGUCCAAGAAGUAAACAGGGUCAUCUCUAUUUUGCUCUUACCCCUCUCACUUUCUCUCUCUCUCUCUCUCUCUCUCUCUCUCUCUCUCUCUCUCUCUCUCUCUCUCUCUCUCUCUCUCUCUCUCUCUCUCUCUCUCUCUCUCUCUCUCUCUGUCUCUCUUCCUCUCCCUCUCUCUCUCUCCCUCUCCACAUCAUCAGCAACCCCUACCUCUGUCUUGAUCAUCCACACUACUGAAAUGUACUGUACAGCAUUCACGUUUCAACGUAUUUAUUCUGUAAUAAAUUGUAGAUAUUAUGUAUAUUUUAAGCGACAGUGAUUACAAAAAAAAGGGAGAAAAAGACUGAUAUCUUUUUUCCAUUAUUUCUUUUAUUAUUUGUGUCACUGAAAUGGUAUUAUUUUUGUAGUGUGUAACCACUAACAGUAAACGACGAUAUAUUGGACAGUGCAUUAUAACUACUGGAACUACUUAUAAUGGGGAUAGGGAAGGUACUGGCAUUUCAAUGGUUGAUGGGUGAAAGGUUGCCAGAUAAUGUCAGGUACCCCAUCGCUUUAGACAAAUCCCUCUUUUUUAGUAGCUGACAACAGGAAGAAAAUUCCCCUACCCGGUUACUACUACUAUUACAAACAGAACAUUACGCGCUGAUACUCUAAUACGAUGCUUUAACCAAAGUUUAUUAGAUCAUAACUUUUUUUUGCCGGAGAAUUCAGCUUGUUUAGACAUUAAAUUAUGGCGGAAAGAACUCAUACAAGUCGGUGAGCAGCUAGAAUCCUUUGACUGUCUGAUUUUUCAUGAAGGUCAACUGUGCUAUAAGGUCUGUAUCAGAAAUUAUAAAAAUACUUGAUGCACUAUGUGCCAUAAAUUGUGUAGAAAGUAAUCAUGUUUGUUUUGUGUGUGUGUGUGUAUGUGUUUUUUUUAAAUAACCAUUAAGAUGUGUAACUUAUGAUUUGUGUAUUUUUAAACUUGAAGUGUAAACGGCGUGCUGAAUAUCAGAUGGGCAUUGAUCUUUUUGUUUGCCAUGUAUAAUCCAAAGAUGUUUUAAAUAUUCUAUAUAUAUAUAUAUAUAAAUAUCAUAUGUAGCUACACUAUGUUUGUAGCCUGCGUUAAAGAAAUGGAUGAUUGAUUUUGGUGCUACUAAUCGUUACAGAUAUUGUGUGUCUUGCUACUAUGCUAACACUGUAAAAAAUAAGAAAUAAUAAA